CUAGGAGACAUCUAGGAGCCCAUCUAUCAAUGGCCGGAGUGAGAGGGACUACCGACAUCUAUUUUUGUUGUUGAUGACGCUCACUACCCGACUCGACUCGAAUAUCCCUUCUCAUCUGCAAGGGAGCCAAAUAAACUUCCCACUCAGGCACGCGCACACAUACUGUACAUCUAUCUGCACCCACGAGACGUUCGUGCUGUCUCCCAAGAUAGCAUCACCAACUCCUCAAUGUCGCUUGAUCCCGCACCAUAUCAGGCACAAAGCUCCCCUAAUAAACGCAAAAGGCUAAUCUCGGACUUCUUUGCAUCAAAACGACAGUCUCCUGGCACACUGAAAGCAACUUCGGAGCCCCUCCCACUCGUAACGCCCGCCGUACCCGGGCUUACCGUCCUUCGGGAAUUCGUUUCGAAAGAUGAAGAGGAGCAACUCCUUGACUUUCUUAAUGAUCCCGCAAAAUGUACCUGGAGAACUGAUCUCAAGCGCCGAUGUAUGCAUUUCGGCGGGACGUUCUGUUUGCUACCAAAGAAGAAAGCGGCCCCCUCGAGUGAUCACGCCGCCUCCCCAGGGGAGCAUGAAACGAGAAGCAACAAGCCACAGGUUUUGCAAGCUCCUCCCAUGCCGUUCGAGUUAUCUUGGUUGCUUGACCGAUUUGUUGCCAAGGGAGUCUUUGGCGCUGAUCAGAUCCCCCAAUAUUGUAUCGUAAAUGAGUAUUUGGACGACCAGGGGAUCUCGGCGCAUGUGGAGAACUUCUCGUUUGGAGAACCUGUGGUAGGCUUGUCGUUAUUGAGUCCUGUUUACUUGCGUUUCCAUGAGCUAAAGAAGGAAGAUGGGGGAAGUGUCAGGAGUGGCAAAGCUGCCAGGGCAGAGAAGACAGGACGAGUUAAAGAUGUGCAUCUGGAGGGGAGGAGCUUGUGUGUGAUGAGGGGUGAAAGUAGAUGGAAAUGGCAGCAUGAAAUCCUUCGGACGAAGAAAGGACGAGAUUUAGGUUGGAAGAGGGUCAGUUUGACUUUCCGAUGGAAGAAAGGUGGGUGAAUGUGUGGCACAUCACAGUUCAUUCGCGUAUGGUAGUAGGAGAGAUACUCUUUGUGGGUUGAGAAUGAGGAACUACUCCAUAUAAAGCUUCCAAGUAUUACUUGUUGAGGUCUGGAGAAAAGCAGUUGGGCCUACUCGAGAUCGUCAAGCUGUAUCCAUAGCAUGGGGGAUUCUCCCGAAGAAG